UUUAACAGUGAGAAUAUCAAAGCAGAACAAUUCAUUUUCAUUUUCAUGGCUUCUUCUUCUCCGUUCUCUCUCCUCUUCCUCACUCUCUCUCUCCUCCUCCUCCUUCUCCACCAACCUCUGUUAUCCACCGCUGCCAACCACCACAAACUCAACUCCCUCAGACCACCCAACUUGAUCUCUGAGCUCUCCACUCUUUCAUCAGACGACACUGCUCCACCCACUCGUUACUUCCAAGUAACAAAACCCAUUAAGCUUCCCCAAACGAAACCCUGUUCCCAUGUCGUUCUCCGCCAUGACUUCGCCUACACCUAUGGAAGAUCUCCUGUCUUGGCCACUUACACGCCUCCUUCCGACUGUCAUUCCCAACCCAACUUCUCGAAGAUCGUUCUCCAAUGGAGUGCCACAUGUAAAGGCAGGCAAUUCGAUCGGAUUUUCGGGGUUUGGCUUGGUGGGGUCGAGCUUCUGCGGAGCUGUACGGCCGAGCCCAGAGCUACUGGGAUUGUAUGGAGCGUCGAGAAAGAUGUGACGAGGUACUAUUCCUUGCUAUUGAAGAAUCAAACGCUUGCUGUUUAUCUUGGUAAUCUUAUAGAUACUACAUAUACUGGGGUAUAUCACGUGAAUGUGACCUUUCAUUUUUAUCCGACCGAGGAGAAUUUUGAAAGAAAUGGUGGAAAUUUGGAACCUGGGUAUGAUUCCUGGGCAGAUUUGGUACUUCCCAUUUCGAGAAAUCUGCCAUUGAAUAAUGGGUUGUGGUUUGAAAUCGAGAAUUCUACUGAUUUUGCAUUCAAGGAGUUGAAAAUUCCUCAAAAUGCGUACAGGGCUGUGCUUGAAGUUUAUGUUUCUUUUCAUGAAAAUGAUGAGUUUUGGUACUCAAAUCUUCCAGAUGAGUAUAUAGAGGCAAAUAAUCUUACUGGUACUCCUGGAAAUGGGCCUUUUAGGGAGGUUUUAGUUAGUCUUGAUGGUGUGGUUGUUGGUUCCAUUUGGCCAUUUACUGUGAUUUUUACUGGUGGAGUUAACCCCCUAUUGUGGAGACCUAUUACUGCCAUUGGUUCAUUCGAUUUACCUUCUUACAACAUUGAAAUCACACCUUUUCUUGGAGAGAUUUUGGAUGGAAAGACUCAUAAGAUUGGUUUUAAUGUCAAUAAUGCCUUGAAUGUAUGGUACAUUGAUGCAAAUUUGCAUCUUUGGUUGGAUAAACAGAGUGAGAAAACUGAGGGGCAGCUUUUGAAGCAUGUUAGCUUCCCUCUUGUUGUUAGCUUGGUUUCUAAUUUUUCUGGUCUGGAUGGAACCUUUCUGACAAGCGCAAGCCGGUCCAUCAAGUCAACUGGAUGGGUUAAGUCCUCUUAUGGGAAUAUCACUACCGAUUCCAUUCAAGACUUCUCGUACCACAACUCAAUGGUGAUGAGAAACAGUGCAAAUAUGCAGAUUGUGAGACAAAGGAUACAUUUCAAUGAUUCUGUUCAAGCCGAUUCUCAAUCUUCGCAAGUUCACUCGUUGGAAUCACUUAAAAAGUUCUCCCUUUUCUUGUAUUCUGACACCUUAGAUCAAGGUAAUAAGACUUAUUUAUCAAUUUCGAAUGUUAGUUUGGGGUAUAAUGAGAAGAAAUCUAAGGGCUCUGCUGGUUUGGGAUUCACAAACAGUAGUCUUAAGAAUCACCAGAGUGGCCAAGGAAAUAUGCUUGUUAAGAAGAACUUGGUAGUAAGUGGAUUGGGGAGUACACAGCAGGUUUACAAGUACAAUGGAGCUGAUAUGUGUUAUUUCAGAAAUAUAAGCAGCUCAAACUAUACUAUUCUUUAUGAUAAUGUGGGAGGCAAAUGCAGCAAAACGACACAGCUUCAUAGUCACAGGGGUCUUGGGUUUCAUAGACUAUGGCCUAUUCAUUCUAGAAGGGUUUCUCUGGGGUCUGGUUUACUUGACAACUCUAAAGCCUAAGGGAGAUUAAUUAGAAUGUUUAGUAUCUUGGAUAAAUCCCUUUUAUCUUCUUCUUCUAAGUUUCUUUUUUAAGAUCUUCUUGAGGACUCUACAAAUGGGUUCUCCAAAUAAAAGUGAGUACAUAGAAAAUAUUAUAUAUGGGAAUUAUUGUUGGAUUUAACUAAGUUGUCUCACACCAUUAACGGUUAUAUUUUAUAUUUCAACUAGAGGUGAAAUGUGAUACUCUUGAUUUGUUUUAGGUUGGAGUUUAAGUGACCCGUGAGCUUAAAAUCUUAAGGAAUUUUUUUUUUUGUAAAAGAACAAUAUUAGUAGUGAAGUGAUCAUCA